UCGGGCGUUUCUCCACCUAGUAGUAUCAGGUGAAGAACAAAAUCUCAGACAAACUGGAUGUCUGCAACACGGAAGUCAAGAAGCAGUGAGAUCAGACUCGACACAGGACAGCUUGGAAUAUUAUUCAUUUCAUACAAACUCCAGGAACUGAGCUCUAAUCUGAACAUCCACUAAGACAAGCGCACACAGCUUCUACAUCUAGGGGGGGGGGGGAAAGGCACCGAAUUCCCAAAGAUGCUUUUCCUGCUGGACUUUUGAAUCGCAGAACCGUGUGUGGAAAUGUCGUCGGAAGGUGCGAUGGAGAAGGAGCUGAGCAGCGGCGAGUUGAACCGCGCUCUCAUGGAGUUCCUGAUGUUCGUGGCGCGGUGCGCGCUGCUGCUCUACCCGGUGUUCGCGUGCGGCGCGUUCGGCCUGAGCGUCAGCUGGGUGCUGCUCACGGUGCUGCUGUGGAGACUGUGGGAGAAGAACCGGCGGCGCAAAUUCGAGCGCGUAGACGCCGCCAUAGACUUCGUGGACAACGAGUUUCACGUAAUCAAGAACGAAAUGAUGGAGGCGCUCAACUCGCCCACCUGGAUUCACUUUGAUGAAGUUGAGAAGGCUACCUGGAUCAACAAGAUUCUUAAGCAAGCCUGGCCAUUCUUUGCCGUCUUCAUGGACAAGCUUCUGAAAGAGACCAUCCAGACUUCAAUUAGGCAGUCCAGCCCUCACCUCAAGACCUUCACCUUCACCAAAGUCCAUUUUGGCCAGAGGGCUCCAGUGAUUACAGGCAUACGAGCGUACACAAAUGAAGUAGACGUGAGGGAAGUCAUCCUGGACUUCAACAUUGUUUACGAUGGGGAUAUAGACAUUGACGCAGAUAUAAAGACACGCAUCUCGGCAGGAGUUAAAGAAGUUCAGCUUCAGGGGAUGCUCCGAGUGAUUCUUAACCCCUUGAUUGGCCAGCCCCCACUUGUGGGUGGGGUUACAAUGUUUUUCAUCCGUCGACCUAUCAUGCAGUUGAAUUGGACUGGCAUGACCAAUCUCCUGGAUACUCCAGCACUACGACAGUUUUCCAAGUCAGCCAUCAUGGACGUCAUCUCUUCCUAUAUGGUCCUACCGAAUCGUCUAUGUUUCCCAUUAAUAGACCAAGUCAAGGUGGAUCAAAUGAGGUUUCCUCUGCCUCGAGGUGUGGUACGUGUCCAUGUACUGGAGGCUCAGGAGUUGAAGGCCAUGGACAUGGCAGUGAUGGGACUAGUAAAAGGCAAGUCUGAUCCAUAUGCAGUCCUGAUGGUCGGAAACCAACGUUUCCAAACAAAGACCAUUCAAAAGACCUUGAACCCCAAAUGGAAUGAGGUGUAUGAGUUUGUGGUUCAUGAGGCUCCAGGCCAAGACCUUGAAGUGGAGCUCUAUGAUGAGGACACGGACAAGGAUGACUUUAUGGGCAGGUUUAAUCUGGAUUUUGGUGAGGUGAGGAAGGAACAUGUGAUAGAUGAGUGGUUCAGCCUGCAGGAGAUUGAUAAAGGAAAAGUACACCUGAAACUGCAAUGGCUCUCUCUGCAGACUAAUCUGGAGCUACUGAAAGAGAAUACUGAUGGCUGUGCCUGUGCCAUGCUUGCUGUAUAUUUGGAUAGUGCGUCAAACCUUCCUAAAGACUGCAAUGAUUUAAACCAACAUGGGAAGCCCCCCAAAGAGGCCAAGCUUACAAAGAGGCAGCACAACCCCGACUCUUAUGUGAAGUUCUCCAUAGAUCAACAAAUCCAGAAAAGCAAGAUUGUGUAUUCCUCUAAAGAUCCUGUUUUUGAGCAGUACUUCACGUUCUUUGUGCACGAUGUGGAAAACCAGGUGCUUAAAGUUCAGGUGGAGUUGGCUGAAAAGAAAAGUUUACUGGGCAUGCUCACUCUGCCUCUCAGCCGGCUACUCAAAGCCUCAGACCUGACACUGGACCAGCGUUUCCAGCUGGAACGUUCUGGCUCUGACAGCCAGCUCAAGAUGAAAGCCAUACUCAGGCUCCUGAAACCAGAGAAGCCGCAGCCCAAAGUUUCAAACCCUCUGGUUGCUGAACCUAAAACUGGGAAACAGGUCAAAGAUCCUCAGCAUUUUGAGGCCCAGCCUCCUCUUAACUACUUGAAACCUGAAGAGAAAAACCAGGCCUCCACGCUGUCACAGACGCAGGUGCCCAUCAGCUCUUUCAGCAGGCCCCAGGCUGAGUAUAUGGCCCGGAGAAAUUCUCUCAUGGUCUCAGAGAACCGUCUUGCAGGCUCCACUCGAAUGCGACGCUAUGAUUCACACAGCCUUCUCUCAGAAAACUCGAUCGCUUCUUCACGCUUCGACCUGGUCGAGGGCGUCCCUUACCCAGAUGCCAUCAUGAAUCACCAGGGUAGCUUUGGUCAGAUUCAGUUAACUAUCCGUUAUGCCACACUGAGGAACAAGCUCACUGUGACGGUCAUUAACUGCAGGAACCUGUUCCCCUGUAACACCAACGGCUCGGACACCUAUGUUCGCAUUUACUUGCUUCCUGACCAAAAAUGGAAAAACCGCAUGCGGACAAAAGUGAAGAGGAAAACCGUGAAUCCUGCCUUCGAUGAGAAAUUCGAAUUUUCAAUGUCACUUGAAGAAACCAGGACUCGGAAGUUAGAUGUGUCUGUGAAGAACAAUCGAAUGUUCCAUACCAGAGAGCGAAAAGAGAUUGGGAUGAUCCUGAUUGAUCUGGCCCAGUUGGAUCUUGUGAAAGGUUCCACAGAAUGGUAUGAGCUCAGUAUCCCAGGGCUAAAGAAAGCUAUCUAGAAGAAUGAAGGUCAACGAAGCAUAUCCAAGAUCACUGAUCAAACUGCCUCCUUCAAAGUUCAGAAGUUUCUUCAUUUCUAUACCUCCGUUUACAACUUUAUUGCUGAAAUUUCUUAACUCUUUAUUUUAACAAUGAAGAACUGGUUAAAAAGUGCACUCUUUUUUUUACACAUGCAAGUGGGGUUUUCACCUGAUGAUGGGACACAGUCUUUUUGUGCUCCUUUUGUUGAAAGCAUUUUUUUUUAACCAUACUGGAUGCAUUGGGACUGCUUUUGUGUUGCUAAGCUUGCAUGGAUUAAUUCUCUGUAAAUGUAUUUUUGUGUGCAUUUUCAUAUUGUGCGCAAUAUAUUUCUGGACUCCUGAUGUCCUAUGUGUAUAGAGGAUAUUACAAGGUUGUGCGAAGAUAUGAAGUUUAUCUUUGAGUGGUGAAUAUAGUUCAUGAGUGAGGGAAGCAAACGAGUGAAAUAUUUUCAACAAUGAGAAGAUUAAACUUUAUAUAUUCACACCACUGUGUAAUGUUCUUUAUAUUAUACGGACACAUCCACAAUUAAAAAAAAAAAGUUAAUCAAAAGAAUUUUAAUUUUGAACCAGUUCGCCAUUUUGACAACACGUCUAGUCAGCAGGAAAAGAGUGAGUGACGUCAUCGGAGUGAAAUAUCAGGAAUUAUUAUGCAUACAGGACACUUUUUCGAUGGAAUAAAAACAUGUAUUCUAUUCCCUUCUAGCGGGUUUCAUUCAUUUAUUUGAUAGCGUGCAAUAUUGUUAGCAUAUCAUUUAUCCUACAUGUAUUAUGCCACUCUACCCAAUGGAGAAUGAGCAUUGAAUAUUGUUUGAUAUUGCAUGGUUAUCAAGACAUAACGUCACAUGUCAGACACACAAAACUUCCGCUCUAGCAAGCAACUGUGACAAUUUCUAAACAAACAUGGCCGCUAGGUUUGUUUCGUUGUAAUACGGAAGAUUUUGAGAGAAUUUUGAAAGAGAAAGAUGCAUUGAACACCCAAAAGUAAUGUGUAUGCAGCAUAAUAAUAAUAAUAAUAAUAAUAAUAAUAAUAAUAAUAAUAUUGGCUGGCUUUCUUUCAUGGUAUAUCAGGUAUAUUCCAUUAAGCUACUUGUCUUUGACUCGUUCAGUAUCAUGCUAGCUUAAUGGAAUAUAUCUGAUAGACCAUGAAAAAAAGCCAGCCAAUAUUAUUUAAAUAUGUCCCUUAAAUCCGCAAUGUAUUUCAUCUGAAAAAUGUGAGUUUUUCAGCGCGAGAAGAUAAAUUUCAUAUCUUCAAGCCAUCAUGUGAUUUUCUUUUUAUUAUAUAGACACAUUCACAAUCAAAAUGUACCUAAAUUUAUCAGAACAAUUCAUUGACUUUCUCAUGAGUGACAUAUAGAGAUUUGUCACAGUGUUGGUUCUCCAUGUCCCGGAUGGAGCUCAUAUGAAAAAUGAGUGGUGUGUUUCCCAGUAAAACACUCAUUUCUAUGUUUUAUAUAUAUAUAUAUAUAUAUAUAUAUAUAUAUAUAUAUAUAUAUAUAUAUAUAUAUAUAUAAAUAAAAUGAUUAUGUGAUGUUUACUAAUGUGAUGUAACUAAUGUAACUAAUGUACACCUGUGUGGAUCAAUGUUCCUGCUCUUGACAAACCAAAGACGAGUCAUCAGAAAUUCUUGAUUAACUGCUGUCUUAAACAUGUUGAGCACUAUAACGAAGCAGAUAUGUGCACUUAUUGAGGGUCUUAAGGACUACAAGUAGGAGAGAAGAGAUAUAUUAGAAAUGUAUAUGUUUUCAAACAAAAAAGUACGAAAAAAGUAACUAAUGGCAAAAGUGUUUAUUUUUAUUUUAUUCAGUAUUUUUCUGUAUAUUCAUUUGAACUGUGAUUAUGUUGUAGUAAACAUUGGGAAAUGUAAAGAAAAGAAAAAUCUUCUGAUAAUCCUUAAAUAAACUAUUGCUUUUAUUAAAGUUAAA